AUGCAAUACUUGAGUUUGAACCAUUAUGACAUUCCGCUUUAUGCUCAGAUGCUUGAGCACGUUGUCGAGCUUAAAAUAUUGAGAGAAAAGCAGCUCGGCCUUGUAAGCUUAUUGAUACCAGAAAUUCGCAAGAAACACAAGCGCCUCCGAAUUAGUAAAGGGAUCUGCACCGCAGUUGGACUAGCGGCCACUUCAUUGCUCUUCACACCUGCUGCACCUGCCGCCGUCAUCGCCCUUGGCUCCACUGCCGCUGCGGGUGGCGUCACUACUGCGGUUUGCGAUUAUUUCAAAAGCAAGUCUCAGACAAAGGAGCUGCAGAUGGUUCUUGAGCUCUCGAGGGAAGCCGAAAAGAUUUAUGUUCUUUGUAAGCGCGAGUUUACAUCUCUUGGGUUAUUCAUCUUCUUCAAAAUUUCGAAGUAUUUGUAA